GGGCCGCGGGCGGCGAUGGGCGAGGAGCAGAGCACGGUGAGCGGCGGCGGCGGGCCCUGGGAGGCGCGGGUCCCUGCCGGGGGCUCAGCGGGCCAGCCCGAGUCCCCCAGGCCGCGAGGGGACCGCGCCGGGGCUCCCGGGCCGCGCGCCUCCGCCGCCGCCUCCUCCUCCUCGGAGGCGAGCAGUGGCGGCUGCGGAAGAGACCCGGGCUGCGUGGACGCGAGCGCCCAGGAACCUGCGAGCAAUCGGGCCACGGCGGGGCCGCCCACGGGACUGCCACUCACCGGGCCCCUCGACCCCCAGAGUUUGGAACUGCAGCUGGAGCGCGAGGCCGAGGGAGCGGGGCCACGGGAGGCGACCCCCGGUCAGCAGCCCCCCGACGGGCUGCUCCUGGACGUGCUCGCCCAGCGACACCCGCCCCCCGCCAAGCCGCAAGUCUUCUGCUCCGUGUACUGCGUGGAGAGCGACCUGCCCGAGGCCCCCGCCGCCGAGUCAUUGUCGCCGCCGGAGUCCCCACCUCGAGCACCGCCGGGGCCGAUUCCCGCCAGCCCGCCUCCCUCCUUCCCCAGCUCUCCCUUGUCGCUCCCGGCUGACCCCCUCUCCCUCGACGGCGGCAGCAUCGAGCUGGAGUUCUACCUGGCUCCGGAGCCCUUCUCCGUGCCUGGCCUAUUAGGAGCUCCACCCUACUCUGGCCUGGGCGGGGUAGGGGACCCCUACGCGCCCCUCAUGGUGCUGAUGUGCCGGGUGUGCCUGGAAGACAAGCCCAUCAAGCCCCUGCCCUGCUGCAAGAAGGCGGUGUGUGAGGAGUGCCUCAAAAUCUACCUGAGCUCCCAGGUACAACUUGGCCAAGUAGAAAUCAAAUGCCCAAUCACAGAGUGUUUCGAAUUCCUGGAGGAAACUACUGUGGUCUACAACUUGACUCAUGAAGACUCCAUCAAGUAUAAAUACUUCUUGGAACUUGGCCGAAUUGACUCCAGCACCAAGCCGUGUCCUCAGUGCAAACACUUCACAACCUUUAAGAAGAAAGGACAUAUCCCCACUCCUUCCAGAGCAGAAAGCAGAUACAAAAUCCAGUGUCCCACUUGCCAAUUCAUCUGGUGUUUUAAGUGCCACGCUCCUUGGCAUGAAGGUGUUAACUGCAAGGAGUACAAAAAAGGAGACAAAUUAUUGCGUCAUUGGGCCAGCGAAAUUGAGCACGGGCAGAGAAAUGCCCAGAAGUGUCCAAAGUGCAAGAUCCAUAUCCAGAGAACGGAAGGAUGUGACCAUAUGACUUGUUCACAGUGUAACACUAAUUUUUGUUAUCGAUGUGGAGAGAGAUACCGCCAGCUCCGGUUUUUUGGAGACCACACAUCAAACCUCAGUAUAUUUGGAUGCAAAUAUCGCUACCUCCCAGAGAGACCUCAUUUAAGAAGAUUAGUUCGAGGGUCAGUCUGUGCUGGAAAGCUCUUCAUUGCUCCUCUCAUCCUGGUUUUGGGAUUGGCACUAGGGGCCAUAGCAGUUGUAAUCGGUUUAUUUGUAUUUCCUAUAUAUUGCCUUUGUAAAAAACAGAGAAAGCGAUCACGGACAGGUAUGCACUGGUGAUCCACAGAGGGCUUCCCGUGACAUCAACCGGUACCAGGGGAGGCUGUGCAGGAUGAUACGUCAUUGUUGAGUCGGAUCCCUCAGAACACCUAGAGGAACUUCUGCCAUCUUGUCUCCUGUGGUUCUCUGCAGGCCACAGUGCCUCUAGCUACGGUGCACUCCCAACAUGGUAUCCUGUCCUUCCCUAAACAAAUUGCUGCUUUAAAAAAAUGGUCACUUUCAUUUAAUUAUAGACAUUUAUAUAGCAACUCUGACCUUUGUGGUUCUUGGAAGAAGAUAUUUUGAGAACAGGGUAUCCUCAGUGUGUUUGAGGGCACCUCACGGGGUAUUGCUUGGACUGUCUGAACCGUGUGCUUCCCUCCAGGCUGUAUGUGAGACUUGGUGUGCAUAGCUGAAGUCCUGUCUGUCCCAGCAAACAAACAAAGCCACUUUGCAGAAGAUAAAUCACAGUUCACCAAAUGCACCUGUUACCAUCUGUAGCCCAAGUCGUACUAUUCUUUUGUUCUUUGGAUGCUGUAAUUGCUUUUAAAAAAACGAAACAACAACUCAGUACCCAGAAGGGAAUUGAUGAAACUAAAUUAAUGAGAAGAACCAUGAGUUACUGGUGCGUAUGUGUAAGGAUGUGAAUGUGUGUAUAUAAACAUGUAUUAAAUCAGGCUCCAUAACUGUGUGCUUGUCCAUUUCCAUGUCUAUUUUCAUAGAACCAUUCAGCCAUGAGGCUUCCUUUCAUGGGCCUAACUUGGUAAUGUACUGAAUUAAAGCCAGUGUCAACAUCAGGUUGUUUCUGUGGUAGCCCUGUCUGUUUCUUGCUCUUCCUAUGGUCACACACACACAGAGAUCUGUGCGAUGUCACUCCAAGGUUUCCCAAACUUUGUAAACUGACAGAAGUGAAAGGGUGGCUUUAGAAAGUCCCCAAGUUUCCAAUGCUUGCUCUUUCAGGAUUCCCUGGAUUUGGGCAUGCAUACUUUAUCCUGUUGAUACAGUCCUCCUGGGAUAAUUUAAUUAAAAAAUUUUUUUUUGCUUUGAAGAAAAGUGCUUAAACUUUUAGUUCCUAUUCUACUCAUUAUUUAAUUACCACCCUAUAAUUCUAGAUCAUUCUGCUUUAGGUCCAAGUUUUAAAAAAGUUAUUUGAUGCUUCAUUCCUUCCCUCUUUCCUCUAGUUUUUUUUUUUUAAUUUGUCCCCAAGUUGUUUUCUUACAAAAAUAAAUACUAGUUUUGAGGAAUUUUAUCUGUGUUUACUACUCAGAUUCAUGAGUUGUUGAUAUCUCCUUAUAGAGAGAUAACUUGAAAACAGAUUUUUAUGUAUAUAGUUUCAUCUGAAAUGUAAACUGCUUUUAGAGAAGGAAACAAAUGAAAAUAUUUUCAGGAAAAUGAGACGUCUUCAAGAUUAAGAAAAUGAAAUUUAACUAAACAGUUCUGUUUCCUUGCUUUCACCAUGACCUUUAUCAAGACGAAGAAGAGAUAUUAAAAAGCCCGAGGUUUCCAGUCACCUCUAAGUUAUCCAAGUUAGAAUUUUAUCAUACGUUACUCUACUUACUAUAAAUGUAACUGUGUUUGACUUGAAGUAGACUAUAUGAUAACACGCACGUUUACAUAGCUAUUUCAUGGUGUUGGAUGCUAGAGUGUAAGAACUUUGUAUCCUUGUGUUUGAAUGAAAAAAAUCAUGUCCAUGAAGAACAGUCCAUGUAUAAGCUAGCAAGCUUGUGUUCCCUCUGAACCAUAGAGAAGAGCUGGACAACUUCCUGUUAAGUGGUGAGUUUCUGGCAGGAGGAGUGUGCGGCCUGCAUGGUUGUGGAAUAGCCACUAGACUAUGGUGUGAGGUAAGGAACAGUAACUUGGUUUCGCAGAUUUCAUCUUCCCGUGCCUUCAUCCAUCCAUCUGGCAAUUACUGUCUGCUUUAAGUGUACUAGUCUUGGACCAAAAGUGUGAGAACUUCUAGCCCAAAUACAUGUUUCUAUCAUAAAGUGCUUAAGUUUUAGAAAUUCAUCGUUCCUGGAUUUGGACAUCAGUUUGGCCAUGUGUGAGUAGGAUGGAUCUGUCUGUGUAUGAUCUAUGCACAUAUCUGUAUGUCAUACAUAAACAUGUCAUGUUCAUACACACCACCUGGGUGAACAGAGACAUUCGGGUCUAAGAUUGUCUAUAUUCUUGGGUUAUUGUGCCUGUUGUCUUUGGCCUACUCAGGGAUUUUUAUUCUAUUCUUUAAAUAACUUAUCUUUUACAGGUAUUUUUAUCUGAUUUGAAAAUUUUUCCAAUAUGUGAGUUACAAAGUGGUAUUUGUUAUCAGGAAAGAUUGCUCCAUCAGAGGGUAAGGGUGUGCACACUUGAACUGCACAGGCAUCUCAUUUGCAAGUGCACAGUUUUGUAAAAGAAAUGUAUGCAUUUUUCUCUUUUUAAAGACUACGCAAGUAUGUGUGUCCUUUUCAUGGUAGUAACUUAAAAGUAUUUGUGAAUAUUUUAGUAAGUCUCCAAAUCUUUAAAAAAAGAGCUUAAAAAUGGAAAAAAUAUUUAUAUAUGUCAGUGCCAACUUGAAGGUAGAUAAGUAGUGACCUUUAUGGUAAAUUCUGAAAACUCCUUUACAAAAUGAAGUUACAUGUUGUGACUUUUUACCCACGACUUGCCUUUAUAAGUUACCGUUGUAAAUGUAUGUAUGUUCCUGAAGAAAAUCAAACCAUAUAGAGUUAUAAAGUCCAAGUUCCACUGCUUACCUACCCCUUGUUUUUCUAGGGAUGACUCUCAAUGGUCUGCUACCUGUCCUACCAGCUGCUUCCUUCAAGUGUACAAAUACAUGUGUGUCUGUAUGUGUGCAUGUAUGCACCCUUGUGUGUUAGUUUUCUACAAAUAAUGUCCUUUGCUGUGUCUCUUUUUCAUGCUUUUAAAUAUUAGAAAAAUGCCUUGCCAUAAGUGUUUACAUCCAUUUGAAAAUGUGUAGUCCACUGUAGAGCUAUGUUUUAAUUGACCUGGUCUUCUGUUGGAUGGGAAACAAGAUAGUUUUCACUUAUCACAGACAAAGCAUUUUAUGCAUGAAUAUAUUUUGUCACUUAUUAUGACCAUUUCCAUGGGAUUUUGAAUUUUACUUUUACUAAGUAUUUGUAAUAAAGAUUGUUAAUGCAUAGUCAGGCAAUGAGAUCAUGGAAAUAAUAUAUUUGAGAUCCUAUUUGUGAAUAAACAGUGUAGAGAGUGCCUAAUUUUAAAGCAAAGCAUCUUUUGAAAGACUUGGUCCUUGAUAGGUUUAGCCGAAUACAUUGCCAAAAUUUAAAAGAGAAAAUUGAUCUGUUUCCAGUGAAGCCAAAACAUAAUCAGCUGUCUUCAACAGUGUGAAAGAAGAUGAAUUAGUUCUUGGAUUGCUUACUUUUAACUUCAGUACUCAUGUCAAAUGAUGGUGUAUGUCACAUUUUCCACAACACUCACCGUGUUCGUGUGUUUCAUUUAUGAAAGGUAGAAAAGAAAGGGAAGGGAUCAAACCCUGUGAUACAAGCAACAUUCUCUUUAUACAUUUAUGGUCUAGUAGUUAGCCACUUACUGUCUCCUACAAGAACAGACAGGAAUACAGUCAAAGAUAGUAAAACAGCAAACCUGUUACAGUGUGGUAUCUUUUUCUGCUGUGGAAUCAAGAUUCAGUGGUACCUCUUGGGAAAUGCCGUACUCUGUGGAAUCCUCUCUUGAGUCUAUCUUUUAAUUUCACUACCCAGAUACAUGACCCAGCAUCCUCACAAAAUACACCGCUGUGGUCAUUGUCUGCCCCUAUGUGAGUUUCAACUACAUUUUUGUCCACACCUCUGCUAUUUUCACCCUUAGAGAAGAAUAAGUAGAAGCAGGUGGGGGAGAAAAACUCCCCCUUGAUCUGUGUAGCCUCAGUGUUUCUUUUCUCAGAUUUCAAUGUGUCUGCCAACACAUCUCCCCUACUGAAGAAAUGAAACUUUUAAUAUCAGAUUUUUAUGAUGCCUGCUGUUACUUAUAGAAAAGUCAGUGGCUUACAUAACAUUAGGUGGCAUAUAAGUACAAAACUAAGAAAAUCCAUGUCAUGAGGCACUUUAGAUGCUAGAUUUAGAAACAAACUGUGCACAAAGCCUUAAUGUGAGUUGUUCUGUGUCAGUGGCUGAAGUCUAUCUCAACUCUUGUUUUAUGUUAAUUUCUGCCAUAAUGGUUAGCCUUAAAAUUGACACACUUUCCAGUGUAUGUGCCAUUUAGAUAAUUAAGUGACAAAACAAGUGACAUGUGGUUUUCAGUAGUGAGAAUAGAAUCAUGUCAGAAAAUAUGUUUAUAUUCUUCAAAUUUAUAAGGAACUGGAAGCUUAGAAGUUUAUGUAAAGCAUUCCUAAAUAUAGAGAACUAUUCCUAAUGUUUUAGUAAUCCUGGAAUUUUUUUUGCAACAAUUUUGCUACGUUUAGAACUCAUAGCAAAUAAUGAUGCGACAUAAUAAUUUCACUUGAAUCUUUAAAAUAUUAAUUCUUACAAGUUUUAACUGUAUUUCCAUAGUUUGUAAAUUCUAUAAAAGAAAAUUUUCUUGACUAGAAACACAGUAAAUAAAAAUAGCUGGAGCACAUUUUGUUUUUCACCUUACAGCUUAAUUGUGUACUUUUCUACAAUUGUGGACAUUAACCUCCAGAAUCACAUAUUAAAAUAUGUCUCUGCAACGAUCACAUCGAUUAAACUAAGAUACUUGUAUAGAAACAGUUUUAUCUAAAUAAAACAAGAACUCCAAGCUUGAGAGGGUAUUUAAGAGUGUGAAAGGUUACUUUUUGGAUGCAAACUGAUGGAAGCAACUCCACUGUAACUCUUUUGAGAAAAGACUGAUUCCCCAGCCAAGUGCUGUAUGGGACAUCUGUGUGUCACUGUGAGCCUUCAGCUUUCAUUGAUUUUAUUCAGACCCAAUAAACAGAGUCACAGUAGUGUAAGACUGUUGUAGUUGUUUAUUUAAAGGUUAACCGAAGCAUUGAUGUGUCACAUAGGUUAUACGUAUUGGCAGUCGUGCAAGCAUGUAAUCAUGCACGUUAGAAAGUAUACAUUUUUUCUUUCAACUAAAGUGACUGUUUUUGGAAAUAAUGACUUAAAAUGCAAAAAAAUUAUCAUUUUAAAAAUACAUGAAAUAUUACCUUUUGAGGGUCAUUUCAUUAUGUCUCUAAAAGACAUUUCAUUAGUUUAUUAGAUUAUGUUAGACUCAUUAACAGAAAAUAUUUUUUUAGUUUUUUCAGUUCUGAGUCAUAGGCUAUCACUCUGUUCUCAUAUGUAUAGCAAUACACACAUAUCUCAAUACCAUGCACCUAUCUUUUUUCUUAGUUUUCCAGAUAGUCUUGCUUUUUACUCCAGCAGUCCCCUCCCCUUCUCAUCUUGGCCAAGUGAAGAAUAAUUUGUCUUAACCCUUAGCUCUUUUCACUGUAAUGCAAUGGAGUUCUGUGCUGAAAGGUCUCUAAUAGUCAACAUCGUUUAUCCUAAUUGUUAUUAGCCGAAAUUGAUCCAGAGUGCCUGAGACAUUUUUCCUGAUUCUUGAUAGGAGGUGAGGAACUCUUCCUAGGUCUCUGCCAAAUAAGUUAAACAAAUGAGAUGCCAAUUGGACCAGAGGGUUAAUAAUACUCCAGAACCAAACUUCAGAAAUCCAUGGUGACCAGAAGCUCAAUGGACAAAAAAGCAUGUAGACAUUCAUACAACCUGACUAAAAGUCUUUAUUCAAAAUAAGUUAUAGUUAUGAUUAUUGGUCUUUAAGUAAAAACAUCUUCUAACUUCAACUUGGGGUGGAUUGAAAUACAAUUGUAUGUAAGAUGCAGCUAUCAAUUCCUUGUUCUGUGAUUAUUAUUAGACAGUUUGAUAAUCUAAAGCAAUCACUUUGUCUAUAGCCUGGAUUGGUCCUACUCUACGGAAACUGCUUAUCAUUUGUAACCAGUCAAAUAUUUUAAUUACUUGGAUUUAUACAUAAGCCACACUCAAGAUGUAUUUACUAUAGGUUUACAAUAUACCAAAAAAGUUCAGAGAGUAACACUUGGGUAUUAAAUUACCCCCAGGAAGUACAGAAAUAGUGUCACUUUAGGUUUUCCUUGUAGCUGGCAGGCUGUGCUGUAGUCAUUGGGUUCUUUCAAUGUCAAGGAAAUGUCACCUCAUUUGGUGGCUAGGAAUUUGCUAGCUAGGGAUAUUUUCUUCAAAUUCUAGUUAAAUUCUUUGUUCGUCUGAGUCAGAGUUUUCUCUGUGUAACAGACCUAGCUGUCCUGGAAAUCACUCUGUAGACCAGGUAGACCUCAAACUCAGAGAUCCACCUGCCUCUGCCUCCUGACUGCUGGAAUCAAAAGCAUGCACCACCACCACCCGGCUUCUAGUUAAAUUCUUAAAAGUACCAAUUUUUCAUUAGCAUCACUUCCUCUAUAUCUAAGUAUACUGUUUCAAAUACAUAGUAUGUUAAUAUCUGAUGCACGUAUCUAAUUUUUAGCCUAUAGAAAAUCAACAUGCUUUGUUUCUUUACGGAGAAUUCUAGAUAUAAUAUUAUCGGCUGAUAAUUUUAUCAGCUUACUACAAAUCGUUUCUCUAGUGCCCAUUUUUUUAAGUUACAAAUGGUAACUCCUCAAUAGCCAAGUAUUUAUUAUUGAUCAUUUCAUCACAAUUAAAUUUCUAAUGAGUUUAUGUACAUAUACACAUUUAGACACCAUUUGCCAAGGCCAAAACAAUCAGUCACAGAUUUGUAUGAAAAUUAAAAGGCCUGCAGGUAGGGCACUUGCCAAGUAGCCAAGUGAGAACCCUUGGCCUGGGGUCAGCUGGAUUUGCUUUCAGUUCUUCCUCAGUCAGCAGUGAUGCCUUUGAAAGGUUCAGGUCUACUAUAGUUUUGUUUUGUUACCUUCUCCGUCUACCCUUUAAAAAGUGGUCCAUGGCGAAAUGCAGAAGGCAUACUGAAUGUGUCCGACAUGCACCAGGCAACCUGCUGCAUGUGACUGUGAUGACCUGUCAUCCUGUGUUCCUCUCCAGCCCUGGCCUCCUUUGACAUGAUACAGUUAGGGACUUUAAUUUAAACCUUUGUUUGUGUUACUGUUGCCCUCUGCAUACACGUCUCUGCCACCUUCUAAUAAAGGCACUCUUUUCUCCUGGGUGGGAGGGGGGUUAGUUGGCAAUCUCCUUACUUUUGAAAAAAGUUGCUAAUAUACUAAUAAGUAGUACAUUUUUCAGUCUUGCAAAAAUCUAGUCAAAACAGCAGCAUGGCUGGGCAUAGUGGCACAAGCCUUUGAUCCCAGCACUUGGGAGGCAGAGGCAGGCAGAUCUCUGUGAGUUCGAGGCCAGCAUAGUCUACAGAUUGAGUUCCAAGACAGCCAGAGCUACAUAGUGCGACCCUGUCUCAAAAACAAAUAAAAACAUUCAGCAGCAUGAAAAUGUUGUUAAGUUUAUUUAAAAGUCACAAGUUUUUGUUUGGCUUCUCUUUUAAGCCAAAUUGGUAUGACGUUUUCAUGAAGCAAAUAUAUCUUUUACUUGUCUUGGAAAUCUGAAGGACAAUUACAUUAUCCAUGUUUUUCUUACAGUCAUAAAAUGCUAAAAAAUAGUUGUGAUUUAAAUCUCUUGCUAUUGCAUAUUCAGAAAUUGAUGUUCUAAUGAAUAAUUACCAUCUCCUAUUUAGUAUGAGACUAUAUCCCAUUUUAAUUCUGUUCUCAGUAAUAAUAGCAAGUGAUGAUUAAUUUCUUCAUCUUGCAUUACUGAAUUGUACCAGGUCUUGUCACUUUCCUUUUACUGCACAGUUUAAAUUUUUCUGUAAACUCUGUGGCCCCUUUCCAAAUAACAUGCCAUAAUGUUUUUCAUGUUGAAAAUGAGCAUUGUUGAAAAUGUUAUAUCUUUAAUUUUUUAACUGUUUCUGCAUUUCAGUAGUUGUACUGCUAACUUGUGAUCUUCAUAAAGAACAUGGAAGAAGCCAUUCUGAACAUGUUUUUAGGAAAUAGGCAGGUAGAAAAAACAAAAUAGAUGCCAUUGAUACCCUUAACUCAUUCCUGAAAAGCAAUUGGAAAGGAAAAAACAAAAACAAAUUCUACCAAAAUUAAAAAGUUGAAAAACAAGGGUAUCAAAAAGACCUGAUUUCUUAUGCUGUUGAAGCAAUCAACUUCUAGGUGAGUGUUUUAUUCUGUUGGUCCAUGAAUUGUGCACAGUGUCUACUCUCAUCACUGUGGUGUUGGUAUACAAAUUACUGAAAAGAAAGAAAAAAUUAGUGAAGAAAGUCAGGGAAAUGAAACCUUGAUUUCACUCUCCAGUAGCACUAACCAUUGUACAGUCCCAACCCUUCCAUAUGGUGCUUGUGUGAUGAUGUAACAUUUGUGUAUGUUACUAGUGCCUUAUUUCUUUACGUGAGCCAUAAAUUUUCUGUGAGUGUUCUUUGAUCCAUCUAUUUAAAGCAUGCCCAUCAGUUGUCUUUAUAGAUGUCCCUAGCCUGCAUUUGCUACUGAAUCUACUAGAUUGUCUCUAGAAAAAUUAAUUAGAUGUAUUUUUCUCAAGCAUGUUGCUUGUUGUUAAGCUUUAUCAAGAAAAUGAAUAUUAAAUACCAGAAAUUUAGGCUAAUAGAAUUAAUUUUUAUUUUUAAACCACAAAAGAAAAGAAAGUUGAAUACAUUGGAAACAGUGUGAUGAGCUUGUCAGCAACUCCAAUUAGGGUAAAACCACAAAACUUUACAGAGAGCAUUAAAAAUUAACAUAACUGUGAUACUUUAGAAAUGUGAUCAUUUCUCCACAACUUGUCUUAGACAAUAUUUUGUCAUUAAGUUUUGUAUAGAUGCCAAAAAGAAAACAAAUAGUUGUCACAUCUUACACAUUGUUCAUUCCCAGUGGACUGUAGCAACUUCAAGCCAUUCUGUGUAUCAUUUGCUCUUCAAGGUCUGUGCCUUUUAUUUUGUGCUAUACAAAAUACUGGUUUUGUUUAUAUAUAAUAUUUCAAAUAUUCAUGAUGAAUGUAUGACAAAUGAUUAAAAUAAUCUAGGUACAAAGACAAGACAAAGACAUGGAUUGUAUAUGGAAAUGUAUAAAUAUUUGACAAAGAAGAGAAAAAGAAUCUUCCUGCCAAUGGAAGGGCCUGGAAAUUAACUUUUUGUUUUUUUUUUUUUUAAGCAAUGGAAUUUAGAAAUUCAUUACCUCAAGAAAUUAUAGUGGAUAAUAUGUGUCAUAUCCACUAAAGGACACAUAGCAUGUUCCUUCUGAAGAAGCACUAUCUCACUUGUGACUGAUAAGAGCAACACAAGUAUCACAUCAUACAAAUUGUAGGGACAAGUCCUUGAGAAGAUGAGUGGGUACCUUGUGGGAGUCAAGUUACAGGCUUUCAGUAAUGUCCCUGUAUCCUUUUGUUGUGGUUUAAGAAAAUUAUUGCUAUUUUGGGUUGAUUGUUUUAAACCAGGAGGAUAACAUUAAUUAUGAUAAUCAGAUCUCAUAAGAAGAUAAAGACAUUGUCUGGAUGAAGCUAAUGGAAGUCAAAUGACUCCAAUUGUCACUGUGUGUAUAGUGUAGAUUACUGUGGAGUGCUAUUUACCACACAAUGUGUGCAGAGCAUCACCACAUCAUCAUCUAGCAAUGCCUAAUAAAAGUUUUUAAAAGAGAA